GCGCACUUGCGGGUCGCCCCCGACGUCAGCCAGGAGGCCGCCAUUUUGUCCUCCUGGCCGACUGCGGGCGCCGCCGCCGCCGCCAUGCCUGAACAGCCGGACCGGGACGUGCCCGGGGAGCCCCCGCGCCGCACGCCGGCCCCCAACCCUCUGUCGGCCAUCCCCAACCCCCUCGACCUGGUCCUGAAGAUAUUUAACUACACGGUCGACGCGCCGGUGACUGCAUGGAGGGACUUUAUUGAGCGCCAGCACGCAAAGCACAAAUUGUACUAUUACCACCGGAACUUCCGCCGUGUUCCAGACCUCACAGAGUGCUUGGAAGAGGACUAUGCUUGCUUCUUUGAAGCUGAGAUGCAGUGGGAGAGAGACAUGAAAGUUGAUCAAGAAAUUAUAAACAUUGUCCAGGCGAACUUAACAGCUUGUUCACAUCGUGAAGGAGAGAACAGAAUCCAGAACUGUGCAAAGGAAUUUCAGCAGUUUAAAGAUGCAGCCAAAGCCUAUCAGAUCAAAUAUGGGGAUCUAGGAGCCUUUGGAAAUGGUCGGAAAUGCUUGAUGAAACAAAAGCAUCGUAUGAUUGCAGAAAGGAAGGCGGCCAAGGCAGCCACUGAAGCCCCCCACUGAGUGUCCAGUGACAACGAGAUUGAGGUCCAAAUUUUCUCAACCUGCUUGUUCAGAGCUCAGUAUGGUACUAGCAGUUCAUACUAUACUAAGCCACAAAGUUGACUUUGGUGUGAUAGUCUCUGGAACUGAAAUAAAUAUACAAAUGCAAAAAGA